AUGGUCGAAUACCCAGGCAGCAGCAUGCACUCACAAGUGCUCGCAACAAGCCGCUGGUACACGUCGUCUGAGACCGCGCGCCACCACGGCCACCAACGCAGCUUGCAGCGCGAUCGUGCACGGACGUGCCGCGCCCGCCCAGAGCUACACCUGAGCCUUGGCAAGUCAGGACUUACGGACGGCUGGGGCGAUAACGGGACCCUCUGUCGACCAGAGUCGGAGAUCGAGGACGCGGCCAUUUGCCACCUUGGCGCCACCCGCACCUACCAGAGGUUCGGCCUGGGCAUCGAGGAGCCGUCCGACGCAUUCCCGCCGCGGAACACCAUCGACCCACUUGGUGCUGACAGGCGGGCCGCAGUCCGCCAGCCCCCAGACCGACGGCAGGGCGACGGCGACCAGAAGCCGACAGUCGUCAGCAGCAAGGUCCAGCGGCCCGCGGGGCUCUGCCGCGAACCGCUGGGUGAGCUGUGCCCGCGCGCUCGUCAAGGCAGGUGCCGUGAAGCUCCGCAGAUGCACAUGAACAUAGCUGCGUUGCUGGCCCCAGACACCGCCGCGACUAGCCACAUGUGGGAGGUGCAGGGUGGCAGGGCGCACGGGGGAAUACAGCUUAGCCUGGCCUGGUUGCGGGUGCCCCGCAUGCCUCGCGGAGUCGAAGCCGCGGCCCUCCACUUCGAGGCCUCCGAGAGGCCGCCGAGGGGCGGGCUGCGGCGGGACCUGCCGUCCACAGCAGUUGAGCACUCGUGGGGCACGAAGGAUUCGAAGGACCGCAGUGCGGCGAGAAAGUUGGUCGAAGACGCGAGGGCGGCCGAAGAGAUGCAGAAGAAGUUGCUGGAGCCCUCAGCGAGGGAAAAGGAAGCAUUUGAGAAGGAGGUCAUGAGCGCGCUCCACCACGUCGACCGCGUCGUGCGCCAGAUAACCGCGACCAAGGAUGCCAUCGCGGUGGCUGCCCUGAUGGCAGUCGCGACCUCCUCGCUCAGCCUGGCGGACGCGACCAGCAGCACCAGCAGCUUGCACUCGGCCAGCAAGGGGCUCCUGAAGCACUUCCAGAAAGUGCGCCAGGGCCUCUUCGUGAAGGCCGCGAAGAAGGUGGCACUGGUGCGGAGGCUGGGCGUCUCGCAGGCGGUCCAAGAGCCCACGAAGCCCACGAAGUCGUUGGCGGAGGCGCUCGCGGAGACGCUGGACAAGGACGCGAGGCCGCGGCGGAUGAGCCAGCAGGGCGGCUUCGCUGCCCUGAACCUCCAACACGCUGCCCUUGCUGAUCGGAGCACCGUCGUGGACAAGGACAGCGAGGCCGCUCGUCGAGCGCCCAUGCUCCUCCACGGCGCCAGCCACGCCCCGCCCCAGCUGAACUCCAAGACCGCGUCCCAGGCCAAGGACGACCACUCCGACACACCGUCGGAGCUCCAGGACGAGCAGGCGGAGGACCCGAUGCGGCACUGGACAGACGGCCACCUCCACGAAGCUCAAGAAGGCGCGAAUGGGCGUCGUGCAAGCCGUGGCCAGUUGGUCAAGAAGCGUGCGUCGCUGAUGCCCUGGGCGUCGAUGUUGCCGAUGGCGUCGAUGGUACAGGAUCCGCAGUCCGAGCCCGAGCACCUCCUGGGCGCGCCGUUCGCGCAGGCGAUGUCAGACCCGGGCCCGAGGCGGAAGGUGCCAGCCACGGUGUUCGGAGGGAGGUUCGCGCUGUCAUCGGCUGCGAAGGCUGGUGGUCCUGCUGCCAGCAUCGGCGCUGUCAAUGCGGAGCGUCUGGGCGGGAAGCCGGAAGAACUCACGUUUCGCGCGGUCAGCAACGAGCGGAUGGUUGAGCAGCAGACGGAGUCAGCGCGCCAGCAAGAUCCCAGGAUGCAUCCAUCGACGACAGCGGAUCUCAGCUCCAUGGUGAUGGUGGCCAAGAAGGUCUCCCAUAGCAAGAGCAAGGAGCCUGUGCCCUUGAUGUGCAACUUGGAAGAGGUGCCAGAAGAGCCAGAUGAGGACGAGCGGCAGCGGCAGGAGCCCCCCGAGAGCCGCUCGGGCGCCCAGUCGCCCGCGACCUCGUCGAGCGGCAAGGCGAGCACCACGGGCGGGUCCGACGACGUCCCUGCGCGGAAGGUCGCGACCCUCGCGAGUGCUCUCGGCACCAUGAGCUCCGCCUUGAGGUCACUGCCGGUCGGCCAGCAGGGGAAGAGGAAAAAGAAGGCGAAGGGCAUGAGGUUCGUGCUGACGGAGCAGUCGGAUGGGGACGACAUGACGCGGCGCAACGCGAUGUUCUACGUGGACGAGCUGCAGGCCAAAGUCAGUCGGGUGCGCAGUGGCGGAUGGGGCGCGAAGAUGGCCAUGGAGCCGGUCCUGAGCGAUCUUCUGAUGGCAUCCAACUGCGAAGCGGAGACCCUCUUCGAGACGUCUUUGGAGGAGAUCAAGUCCAAACCUCAGGACCAGAGGGGCGAGAUCGCCAGCCGCCUCGUGGCCAUGGAGCGUGCGCGCCUCCGGAGGCCCGGCAGGCAGACGGGCCAGGAGCUGCCCAACGAGGUGGUCAAGGCAUGCAAGCAGGUGCUCGGCGAGCUUGGCUCCUUCAUCACGGAGGGCCUGCCCUCCGAGUCCGUCUCGUCCAGCGGCGGCUCUGACAGG